AUGCCUGUCCCCUCCAGGCCCCGGACAUCCUUCCUCAUCCAAGACAUCCUCUGGGAUGGGGCAGAGCGAGGAGCGCAGCCAGAGCGGGACAAGAGCGGAGGGUUUGGCAGCCCAGAGGACGGGGAGCCGGGGGCGGCCCCGGAGGAGGGGAGCGAGGCCAAUGUCACGGCGGAGAUCUACCUGUCAGACUGUGACCCCCCCCUGCGACCCCUGCCCAUCGCCCAGUGCCCCCCGAAGCAGGCGAAGCGCUCGCGGGCGGCGUUCUCCCACACCCAAGUCAUCGAACUGGAGCGGAAAUUCAGCCACCAAAAAUACCUGUCGGCCCCCGAGCGAGCCCACCUGGCCAAAAACCUGCAGCUCACCGAGACCCAGGUGAAAAUCUGGUUCCAAAACAGGAGGUAUAAAACCAAGAGGAAACAGGUCGCCUCCGAAAUCAGCAGACUGGACACGCGUCUGGCCGGGCAGAAAGCGGCCGAGCUCCCUGGAGCAUCGCUGCUCGCGCUGCGGGGCGGCUGGCAGUACCUGCCUUGCCUCUACUACUUGAACGGCUGGAGUCCUUCGUGGUGGUAA